AUGGCCACAGUGGUCCGGUCGCAGACCCCUCUGCAGGACGCUUACGCUGCCAUCUCACAGCCUCCCGACUCCCUAUUCUCAGGUCAGGGCUAUGGCGUACGGUCCGCCUCCAGACCGAACUCCUUGAUAGCCACCAACUCUGGUUACAAUCUCGCUACUGGUGCCGUCGCGGAGCCUUCUUACGCCCGAAACGGUCGCUUUCAUGAGGAAUUUGAUGCCGCCAGCCAACGUGGCUCCGUCGUCUUCGAGGGCCCGUCAUCCGCCGCCGUCCAGCGCUCCGCAUCGCAGAUGUCCAACUCCCGUUCCGCGACCCCUACCCGAUCCGGUACUUUGAAAAAGAAGUCCUCCCUCAGCAAGAGAGGCAGUAUGCGACGUAGCGGGAGCAAGCGGAGCUUGCGCGCAGGAAGCGUGAGGAGCCUGGUCCUCGGCGAUAAGGAGAAGUAUAGCGUCGACGGAGUCGAUGAUCAGAAUAGCGCGUUCUACAUCCCUGUUCCUACGAAUGGAAACCCGACGGACGUUUUAGCGGAUCGCUUUCAAGCGUGGCGCAAGGUCCUGAAGGAUCUCAUUGUGUUCUUCAAGGAACUCCAAAAGUCCUACGAAACUCGCUCCAAGCUAUUCAUGUCAGCGUCCAAUAUCAUCAACAACUCGACGAUACCCCCGACUUUUCUCAAAUCCGGCGGUCUUGGAGACGCGACCGAUAUCUUGCGGAACUUCCACAAACAGGCGUACCUAGAAGCGAAUAAAGCCGCAGAGGUGGAAAAUGAAUUAGUGGCUCAACUAAUGGGACUCCGGAACGAUCUACAAAAGAAGACCAAGGAGAUCAGGAGUCUUUCGGGCGAUUUCCGCAACUCGGUGGAUAAGGAAGUCGAAGCCACCCGCAAAUCAGUCCGUCAUUUACACGAAGCCCUCGGCCUAGUCGACACGGAUCCAGCAGCCACCGCCGGAAAGGGCGAUCCGUUCAUCGUCCGUCUGGGUGUCGACAAGCAGAUUGAAAAGCAGAUCGAAGAAGAAAACUAUUUACACAGGGCGUUUUUGAACUUGGAAAGCUCCGGCCGCGAGUUAGAGUCCAUCGUUGUUAGCGAAAUCCAAAAAGCUUACAAAACGUACGCGAACAUCCUUACACGUGAAGCCGACGAGGCGUACGAUACUGCGGAGAAGCUUCGAGCGGGUCCGAUUUCAAUGCCACACGACCACGAAUGGAACUCGUUCAUCGCAGAGACCGACGACCUAGUUGAUCCCCGCGUUCCUCUUCGGGACGUGGAGAAUAUCUCCUACCCUGGAAAAGACCAUCCGGCCGCUGUAGAGGUCAGAUCGGGAAUGCUCGAACGUAAGAGCAAAUAUCUCAAGAGCUACACGCCGGGCUGGUAUGUCUUGUCACCAACUCAUCUUCACGAGUUCAAGUCUGCCGAUCGAGUGGCAUGGCAGACGCCGGUGAUGUCAUUGUACCUCCCAGAGCAGAAACUGGGGUCGCACUCCCAGCCGAACUCCACGUCUCAUAAGUUUAUGCUGAAAGGGCGGCAAACGGGGGCGAUGCAUCGUGGUCACUCAUGGGUCUUCCGAGCGGAGUCGCACGAGACGAUGAAGGCAUGGUAUGAGGAUGUCGAAAGCCUGAUCUCCAAGACCGGUGAAGCAAGGAAUGCAUUUGUCAGGAGACACGUACGCACUGUGAGUGGUGCAAGUGCUGCCGGGAGGACGUCUGCCAGUAGUGACGGAGUUAUGGACGAAGAUGAAGCCGACCGAACACCCUACUCAGCAGGAUCAGUGAUUUUAAACCAAGAGCGGCCGGCAUCUCAACCGCGUGAACCUGGGGGCCGUUUCCCCAGUGAUGUGCAGAUAGACCGCCAUUUACAGGCCCCACUGUCGCCAUCAAGUGGUGAGAGCUCCGGCGAGAGAGACCUAUUAGCUGCAGUCGGAUCGUUGCCGGAUGGGAAGUCGCCUCUCAACGGCACUCGUCGCUCCAUGUCCGAGCGCGAUGUGGAUAUGGAACAGAUGCGGCCCUCAAGUGAAGCCCAACGUCAGUCCUUCGAAAGACACGACAGCUAUUAUGGCAACUGGAUGAACCCAGCCAACCGUCAGCAAGGUUACGGUUCUUAUGAUACUCGGGAGGCCGCUGGAUCCGAGAAAGGGAGUACGGCUCCGAAUUUGAUCGCAGGAAUGAAGUCGACAGACUCUCGUGAUCAGUCUCUGACGCGGCAGAGGUAUCGGGGCGAAAGCACAUCGACUGCACCCACCACCACAAAUGUGACAGAUCACACUCACAACAGCGUUCCCACAUCAAUAGACGAAGCCCCAAAAUCAUUCUCGCCUGAUGCCGAUGAACUCAGGACUGAUGCCUGGAAGAAAGGCCAAGGGCCUCCCUCAACCUAUACCGCUUCAUCAACCACUGCAGUGCCCAUCAAUGCCCCAAAUUCAGGCGUCACCCAGUCUAACGAAGGCAUGAAACGUCCAUCCGCUCAGUCCAAGAACAGCGUAUCCACCCUCGAGUUAAAGAUCCCGGGCCAUUACCCACCAGCCAACGUCCCUGCGUAG